AUUUAAUAAAUAAUAAUAAUGCUUUGAGCAAAAAUGUGUAAAGAAAUACAAAGUAGUUUUUAAUUACAAAUAAUAUCACUACUUUCUCUCUGUCUCUCUCUCUCCUGCUACUACUACUGAAUCUCAAGGUAACCUCAAGACUAGAUUUCUGCAAUGUGCUCUAUGUGAGGCUGCCCUUGGGCCUGGUUCAGAAGCUCCAACUGCUGAUGGGGGCACAUGGCUGACAUCAUGUGACACUAUUGUUAAAACAUCUGCACUGGCUGCCCAUCUACUAGCAAGCCAGGUUCAAGGUGUUUGUACGUGUAUGCCUAAGCUAAGGAUUUUGUACAAAAACACAACCAUUCAAAGAAAAUGAGGCCAGAUCUUCUGAGAAUGAAGGAAGUUGCCUUGAUUUAUCUCGACAGGAGUGGUGGCCUUCAGAAAUUUAUGGAUGCCUGCAAAGUAUACAAUGACUCAAAGCAAAGUUAUGCCAUUUUCCGGUUUCUUAUAUUGGUAAAUCCAUCUGAUAUUACUGAGUUGGAUGCUACCCUUGGAAAUUAUAUUCUGCAUGAACCUGUGAAAGCCAUUCAGAUUUUUCAGUCAGUGUGUUUUACAACAGUUAAAACGCUGUCACUGAUUCAACAGCUGCAGACUGAAGCUCAGAUGAGCAUCGUGCUGAAACUGACACAUUUACCUUCCCUGCCCAGUUAUGUUCUCAGUCUUUCCAAACUUCCAUUUGAUUACACUUCUCAGAGAUUUUAUAUGACAGAGGGAAUAGUGGUUGCAAUGUCUACUGUAACAAAAUAUACACAAGGAGCAAGAUUUGUUUGUUUUGAUGAAAAGUGUCCAUUUUCUGAAGGGUUUCAGUAUAUAAGAGUACAUACUCCUGGAGCUACAGAAUCUGCAACAGUGAGAAAUGAUUUUGUAUGCACUUUGUGUACUUCACCAUUGAGAGAAGACAUGAAAUACCGAGUACUCGGGGAUAAACAGAUUAUUGAAAUGAUUGAUACUAAAGCAAUUAGUGCUUUUCAAGGAUUUUCCAGCUGUAAAACACCUUUCAGAAUUCAAUCCUUCACAGUUUUUCUAAGAGAUGAACUAUCCAAUAAAAUGAAAAUAGGAAACAGGUACAAAGUUAUAGGAAUUCCAGUGUGUAUACCAAGCUGCUCACAAAUCACACUUUGCCUGGAAGCCAACAGUGUACAUCUCUCUAAUCUAACAGGCCCUUCCUGCAUCAGUGGAAAUUUUAAGUAUCUCCUUUCCUUGACUUCAAGCUCAUGUUGGAGAUUUACAGCUCUUCUGGCCAACUGUUUUGCUUCACAAAUACUUCCACCAGGCAUUUACAACACUCUCAAACUAGCUAUAUUGCUGAGUCUAGUACAGACAAGUGACAGAGAUAACACAACAGCAGAUUACCUGGAUCUUUUGAUAAUGACGAAUGAAUCUCUAACAUUAGAGAGAGUUAUGAAUUACAGCAUUAGUCUUGUGACCCGGGGCAUACGGCACAUUCAGUCUGAUGUUUUUCCUACUGUGUCCAAAGAUAAACAUGGAACUGGAACUGCUAGCAUUCAGGCUAAUAGUGCUUUGCUAGCCAAAGGUGGAAUAUGUUUCAUUGGAGAACUGCCUUCAUAUAAAAAGGAUAAGCUUGAGCAGUUGCAGUCAGUGCUUGAAGGAAGAACUACUACUAUAUUUAUUUCUGGAAAGAAAUAUGGAGAAGAUACUGAUCAGCAAGUUAUUCUUCCAAUUCAAACCAGUUUUUGGUCAUUUAUUGAUGUGGAUUUUUCUUCUUCCAAAAAGCAUGUUCAAAGAGAUAAUACUCUAACUGGUCAAAUGGACUUAAGCUUUAUUUCAGCUAACCUUAUAGAUGCUUUUGGGCUUUUAAUACACUGCAGUGAAUCACCAUUUUCCAAUUCAGUUCUUCCUGUUGUGAAUCACAUUUUAAAAAAGGCUAUCAAUCCAAAAGAAGCAGUUUACACAGUCUCUCAACAAUUCAGAACACAAGAUUACAAGAAGUUCCUUGCUUUCUCCAAGAAUUUGCAUGUGGAACUCUGUUCAGAAGCAGAAAGGCUGAUUCAUGGCUACUACUUAGCAAGUCGCAGAGUAAGAACACAUCCUGUUAAUGGAUCAAGUCUCUCAGGAACUGCACUGAAAAUCUUGAUUUCACUGUCUAAAGCACAUGCUAAGCUGAGUUUAAGGACAAAAGUAGUUGAAGAAGAUGUUUUGAUUGCUGUAUUAUUAUUUGAAUCAUCUCUCACUUUAAAACAUGGUGCUUCUGUGUUUUGUGUGGCCCCAAAUGCUGUGUUUCCAUUUGAACUCAAUAGUGAGAACUCUCUGGAUCAAAGGGAUAUUUACCUACUGCAGUGCCACAAACAGCUGAAACAGUUCAUUGCUACAUAUGGACCUGCUACACAUGUUCUUAGUAAUGAAGUUUAGUAUCUCUUUGAAAAAUCAAGUCUAUUCUCAAGUAUUUUUAAAGAUAUACUUCAAUGUAUAAAUAGUUGUAAGA